AUUUCAAUUAUCUAUUGAAUACUAGCAUAUUAACUACUGAACGGCCCAUUCUUGUUCAGUUGAAAGUAAACCGUUUAUGAAAUAUUUUCCGUAUCAAAUAUGCAAAAAAUUUAAGAUGGAUACGAGUUUAACAUUAAUGCAAAACACGUGCCAUUCUACUCGGGGUAAAAAAUGGCAGAAAGAACGAAUGACCGGAAAAGAAGUUGGGGCAUACAAGAUUGGGAGAACGUCUGGCGAAGGGUGGUACCUCAAUAGUGUAUGCCGCAUUGUGUGACAAAACUGCUGUCACUUGUAAAUUCACAGACGGAAAGUUCUGCCCGGCACUCAUUAAAGAAUACGAAAUACUUCGGGAGUUGGAACACAAAAACAUUGUGAAGGUCUUUGAUAGCAUAUCCUGCAACCGGGUGGUUGCUAUGGCGAUGGAACACGUGUCACGUGACGAUCUCCAUGACUACAUAUCUCACAACUGGCCCGUGCACACUGAUACGCGCCGCAGAUACGCCGGAGACAUCCUGUCAGCCGUCAGCUAUAUCCACGAUAUGGGAAUCGCUCACUGUGACCUUAAAUUGGAGAACAUGCUUAUUGACUCUAAUGGCACGCUGAAAAUCAUUGACUUCGGAUCGUCUCUUAGGGUUGCCCAAGCCACCUACGAAGAUUUCGCUUACAUCGCGACUACUCCGGAAUACCUUCCACCGGAAAUCGUCUGCGCAACCGCCGGUGAGGGUUACGACAUCCGGGCAAUCGACGAAUGGAGCGUCGGUGUUGUUCUGUUCAUUCUGCUAACCGGAAGGUUCCCGUUUGGCGAGGUAGAUCCCCAUAGGAUCGCCAAAUAUAUACAAAAGAUCCGCGGCGCCAAGUCGCUCCAGUUACGACAGAGCGAAGAGAUGUAUUUGUACUUUGAAAAGGACUAUCUCGAGGCGACGCGGGGUCUCCUCUGCUUCGACCCCGAAGCUCGCUUUCCCGUGAGCAAGGCUCUCCAAAUUGGUUUCACGAAAAAUUCCAGCGCUUUCAGUUUGGAGGACAUUGAGAAUGAAAUCGACAAGGAAUUCGGAUCCAUUUUUGACGACUUGUAGAUGCGCGAAAAUACGAAGACAGAAAAAAUAAUAAAUACAAGCAGUGGGUGGAGUUCGUUGUGGUCAAUCUGCAAGUUUGAUGUACUUCAUGUGAUAUUAAAUUCUAUGGUGCCUGAUGGAUGUUUAAUCAGAUAUAAAAUAAUUUAUGUUACUUGUAUAUUUAUAUAUAAACCUUUUGGAAAGUUUUAAUAUUUCGUUAUAUGACAUGCCUGUCUUUUUGUGUUUCUAGUCGUGCGAAGUAUUUUUUUAAUUAUUAUUUGAAUGUUAACGAAACAUUAAACGCAAUAUGUUUUACAUCACGUAAAUAUUUGAAUGCGGUGCAUGUGUUGCUUUUGAAAUGUGACUCAAGGCUACAUCAUGAUCAGACAUUGUUUUGAUAGCGUUACUGAAAUGUAUAUGUGCCGCGUUAUGGGAAAACUAGGCAUAAUGCAUGUGCGCUAAGUGUCGUCCCAGAUUAGCCUGUGCAGUCCACACAGGCUAAUCAGGGACGACACUUUCCGCUUUUAUUGUAAUUUUUGUUUAAAGGAAUGUCCCAUUCUUUUCGAAAAUCUUGUUGAGAUGGAAAGUGUCAUCCCUGAUUAGCCUGUGCGAACUGCACUGGCUAAUCUGGGACGACACUUUACGCACAUCCAUUAUGACCAGUUUUCUCAGAGCACGACUCAUAAACAUAACGCUUAUGUGGUAUUUGUUAUAUUGUUGUAAUGGGUCAAACUUUGUAAAUCUAAAUAUUUUUAAGUACAUGGUAAAAAAACGACAAAAUUCAACUUGUUUGAAAUGUCGGUGUUACGUUUGUUGAUGAACCCAUACCGCUUAAAUAUAUAUUGCAAAUGUUAUAACGUAAAUAUAUUUUAAGUAAA